AUGCCAAUACCGCCCCCUCUGAACUUCCAGGCCUCGGCCCUGCUGGCGCUGCUGCUGCUGCUAGACGGCAACAUGUUCUCCUUGCCUGAGCCACCCUCUGGGCCCCUGGAGAAGAUCUUCCAGUACAUCGACCUGCAUCAGGACGAGUUUGUCCAGACCCUCAGGGAGUGGGUGGCCGUGGAGAGUGAUUCUAUCCAACCGGUGCCUCGUCUCAGGCAAGAGCUCCUGCGGAUGAUGACCAUGGCUGCAGACCGGCUCCAGCACCUGGGAGCCAGCGUACAGUGCGUGGACCUGGGCUCUCAGGAGUUGCCUGGAGGACAGAGUCUUCCGAUCCCACCCGUCAUACUGGCUGAGCUGGGCACUGACCCCAAGAAGCCCACCGUGUGCUUCUACGGCCACCUGGACGUGCAGCCGGCUAAGCGGGAGGACGGGUGGCACACAGACCCAUACUCACUGACGGAGGUGGACGGGAAACUUUAUGGCCGUGGAGCUACAGACAACAAGGGGCCUGUCUUGGCUUACAUCCAUGCUGUGAGCACCUUCCAAGCCCUGGAGCAAGGCUUGCCUGUGAAUCUCAAAUUCAUCCUUGAAGGCAUGGAGGAGGCAGGAUCUGUGGCCCUGGAGGAGCUCAUCCGCAGAGAGAAGGAGCGCUUCUUCGCGGGCGUGAACUACAUCGUCAUUUCCGACAACCUGUGGCUCAGCGGCAGGAAGCCUGCCCUCACCUACGGAACACGGGGAAACGCCUACUUCCUGGUGGAGGUGAAGUGCCGAGACCAGGACUUUCAUUCAGGAACCUUUGGCGGUAUCCUGCAUGAACCCAUGGCUGACUUGGUUGCUCUUCUUGGCAGCCUGGUGAACUCCUCUGGUCACAUUCUCAUUCCUGGGAUCUAUGACUCCGUGGCUCCACUCCCAGAAGACGAAAAGGCAACAUAUGAAGCCAUUGAGCUGGACCUGGAGGAGUACUGCAGCAGCAGCCAGGUGGAGAGGUUCCUGUUUGAUACCAAGGAGGAAAUCUUAAUGCACUUGUGGAGGUACCCGAGUCUUUCCAUUCAUGGGAUCGAGGGUGCGUUUGAUGAGCCCGGAGCGAAAACAGUCAUCCCUGGCCGAGUUGUAGGAAAGUUUUCCAUCCGCUUAGUUCCUCACAUGAAUGUGUCCAUGGUGGAAAAACAGGUGAAGCAGUAUCUUGAAGAUGUGUUCUCCAAAAGGAAGAGUUCCAACCGCAUGACUGUCUCCAUGGUAGUGGGCCUGCCGCCGUGGCUGGCCAAUGUUAACGAUCCUCAGUAUCUUGCAGCAAAGAGAGCCAUCAGAACAGUGUUUGGAACAGACCCCGACAUGAUCCGGGACGGAUCAAGCAUUCCAAUCGCGAGGACGUUCCAGGAUAUCCUUCAGAAGAGUGUGAUGAUGCUUCCACUCGGAGCUGUUGAUGAUGGAGAGCACUCUCAGAAUGAGAAGAUCAACAGGUGGAAUUACAUAGAGGGAUCCAAGUUAUUUGCCGCCUUUUUCCUGGAGAUGGCUAAGCUGCAGUCACAGUGAAGGAUUCCAGCUGGAUCUGAGCUCCUGGCAGCUCUGCUCUCCGUGUCCCGGACAGGGAUUGAAUUGAAACAGCUGGGGAAUUUUGAGCCACUAUAGCAUAUCUGUUCUUUGUCCAUUUUAAAAUGUCUUGGGACAUUGCAGCCACUGAUAAAAGUGUUUUAAAGACGUGGACACUUGCUCCCUGCUGCACCGCUUCAUGAAGUCACAGUGAGGUUUGACAAGAUGGUUUCCCCAUGCCCUGUGGGACCGCCCACGCCUGGAUCUGUUCUAAUCUUCAUCUGAGGGCAGGACCGCCGUUCUGCAGUGGCUGGACUCUCAGUUGGUGACUUGAUUGGCGCAGAGGACUCGUCUGCUCCUGGGCUCCCAAGGUGCUCCUGUCUGCGCACGCGCAGCCCACUUGCACUACACUCGCCCUUCAUCUUACUGAUGGCGGUGUCGGUCUCCACCGCCAGGUCCCGUGAUUUCCCCCGGGCUCCUGUUUAGAGGAGUUACUAAAGCCUGGUACUAGAUUAACCUCUUGCCUCCACUUAAUUUUCUUCCUGCCUCUUGAAAAGUUUUAAAACUGAAGUGAUCCAUAUUCAUGUCUUUAUGUCAUUUGGGAUUCUUGUGCAAGGAUAA